UCUCGACUUUCAGACUGUCUGCUCUUUUGACUGAUCAGGGAAUUAGGAAAACAAGCAACGGCAUUCGCGUCUAUAGCGAGAACAUAGAGCAUGUUUUCUCGCUUUUCCGUCAAGUGUGUCCUUCUCAGGACAUCUGUAACCAGGAAGUAAGUCUCUGGGGCGGCAGUGUGUACAAUGCGUUCUUUAAAAUCAGGAUUGUAAGUCAGUAAAUGCGAAACGGAUCGUGUCAUGAUUGACGUCGGAGCUCGGUGAACAUGGUCAUGUUGAGGCUUUACGUGAAUGUCGUGCUGAUAUGACAUGUGCUUACUUCAGCUCAGGAUGAGUAAAGAAUUGGAGGAGCUUUCUCCCCUGGGCGACUCGGGACACGGUGAUGGGUCUGAGGAAGAAACAGAGGAGGAUGAUGAGCCCAAAAUUUGUCAAGUAUGCGGCGACAAAUCCACAGGCUACCACUUUAACGCCAUGACCUGUGAGGGCUGCAAGGGCUUUUUCAGGCGCGCCAUGAAGCGACCCGCACAGCUCUGCUGCCCGUUUCAGAACGCCUGUGUCAUCACUAAGAGCAACAGGAGACAGUGCCAAUCCUGCCGACUCCAGAAAUGCCUCUCAAUCGGGAUGAAGAGGGAGCUGAUCAUGUCGGAUGAGGCUGUGGAGAAGCGGAGGAUGCAGAUCAGGAGGAAGAGGAUGCAGGAGCCUGUAACGCUCUCCCCUCAACAGGAAACUGUCAUACAGGAGCUGCUCACCGCACAUCACAAGACCUUCGACAUGACUUGCGCCAACUUUGUUCAGUUCCGGCCUUUAGAUCGAGAUCAGAAAUCCAUUUCUGAGCACAGUCUAGAACCAGACAGUGGCAGGUUCUUUCACACAACCAUGCACAAACCACCAUCUGAAGAUGCAAUGCAACGAAACAUCAGCUUUUCCUCGCCCUCGUCCCCUUCCUCCAGCGUUCAGAGUACUGAAAAUAAAGAAUGGAAGCAACAUAAAAGUGCUAUUUUCACUACUCUGCCACAUUUUACAGACCUCACCACGCACAUGAUCAAGAAUAUAAUCAACUUCAGCAAAACUCUUACAAUGUUCAGGGCUCUAAUCAUAGAGGACCAGAUCGCGCUGCUGAAAGGUGCCACCUUUGAGAUCAUUCUGAUUCACUUCAACAUGUUCUUUAAUGAGGUGACAGGCAUCUGGGAGUGCGGCCCGCUGCAGUACUGCCUGGAUGACGCCAUGCAAGCUGGUUUCCAUCGCCAUCUGCUGGACCCUAUGAUGAACUUCCAUUACACGCUGCGCAAGCUGCACUUACGUGAAGAGGAGUACGUGCUGAUGCAGGCCAUCUCGCUCUUCUCACCAGAUCGCUUCGGCGUGACACAUCACAGCGUGAUCGACCGCAACCAGGAAACAUUAGCUCUCACCCUGAAGACCUACAUCGAGGCCAAGCGGUCCGAGCCAAAUAAACAUCUGCUGUACCCAAAGAUAAUGGCGUGCCUGACUGAGAUGAGGAGUAUGAAUGAAGAGUAUACGAAACAAGUGCUGAAAAUCCAGGACAUUCAGCCUGAUGUGUCUCCGCUCUUACUGGAAAUAAUAAGCAAAGACCGCUAAGCCUUCACAGAGCAGAUGAGACUCAACACGCUGGCCUUGAACCGCCACGUUGACCUUCAUCUGAGGACGCUAAGGACUGAAAUACAGCCCAAACCAGCGAGGAAAAGGACUGUGCCUACUGAUAAUGAACUACUGAACUGUCUGCUGCACACAGUAAUUGUGAAAUUGUAUUUUUAUAAUUGUGCUACUAAAUGUAGUUGUGUUCCAACAAUCUUUUUUGGGAUCUAUUCACAAAAGAAGAGUUUCUAUGGUUCAUAACCAGAUGUAGGAUGGCACAUAUUAUCUCUUACAUUCACUGCACGAAUGAAGCUUGAAAUGUGGGUUAGAUUGAGAUUUGAUUCACUUUUUCCCCAGUUUAAGAGAACGCUACUAUGGCAGCAAAUGUACAAAACAACAAUAUGAUACAUAUUAGUCAUUUGUGUUAAUAGUCUGUCUUGACAAAUGUGUUUAUUUAUUGUUCGUUUUUAAAUGCUAAAUAGUUGUAUAAAUUAGCCGCUUCUAGGUAUGUUGUGUUCAGAUUAAAUAUGCAAAAAAAAAAUAUGCGUAUAUAAUAUCAGUGCCAUUGUCAGAUGUGAGUAGCUGUAUUUGAUUCAAACAUUUUCCAGACUAGAAUGUAAAUGUUAUGAAUCUUGUAAAGAACAUGUUCAGGUCUUAAUUUACUCUAGCUAUUUAAAAACAUGUUUUGCAUAAUAUAUAAUGCAUAUUAUUUUUAGUACAAUCAUUAGCAGUUAUUAUUGCCAUCACAAAAAAAUGUAUACUUAUGCUAAUUUAAUUAUACUAACGAGAAUGUGCUUUUACGCUUUUUCUUUUUUUUCAUUAUGGAAAUGAGAAAAACAGGCUUAUCUUAAAAUAUAAAAAAUAUUUUUUGCAUUUCAGAAAUGAGAAAAUAGGCUUUUAUGCAAAAUAUCUAUUUUUUGUAUUAAUUUUCAGAAUUAUUUUUCAUUACAGUAAUUCGAAUCUGUUGUUUUUUUACAAUAAUGAAAAAAGAAACAAGCUUACUUUUAUGCAAAAUGUGCGUUUUAUUUUUGGACCUGGAUGUGUUCUUGUCAGAUUUUGUGAGAUUCACUCUGAUUUGUGGCUAGGUAUCAAAAGAGUUGUGCUAGCUAGUCAUUUCAUGUCUGCUGUGUGAAUGUUUAAUAUUAGUAACAAAGCUUACAGAAUUUUGCUCAACAUGAAUGUCUACAAUUCUGAAGAAUCAGAGAGGCUGCAAAAGUUCAUCACACUUUCUUGAGAAGUGAUUGCUUUUUAAAAUGCUUCACUCAGCAGUGAGCAUAACCUUUUUCACUUGGUGCAUUCAGGGUUUAAAGCAAAUUUACCAAGCAGACGUCAUUUUUUCCUUUUCUGGUUUGUUUUGUCAAUAAAGCUAAAAAAGUUAACAGUGACAAUCAAUGUGAAGACUGUGAGCUAGUGUCAUAUGUGGAUGUGACGUGACAAUGUAGAGCAGAUGUUGAGGGUUCAGGCUAAGAGUGCAGUAUUUUUUUUGGAAAGGACUCACAUAUUUGACUCAAAUACAAGCAGAGUAUUCAGAUUUCAGGUGUCUCUAUAAAGCACAGACUCGUGUAAAAUGCCUUCAUGUUAGCAUGCUGUGUAGAUUAAGCAGUUAUUUCAUCCUGUCUGCAAUAUGAUGAGGAAACUUGUCACAAUGUGAGUAAUUUCUACACAAUACACUCAGGUUUUCUAUCUUUACGGUGGUUAUUUUCAAAGUAAGACCCAGUAUAUGACCCUCUCAGGAAAAUAAAAUGUAAAAUUGAA